AUGUGGCAGGCAAUGGAGGAUCUAGGGAUAGGUGCAAAUCUUAUUAUGGCUGUUAAAAACUACUAUAAACAGAACCAUGCUAGAAUUAAAUUAGGGAAUAAGCUGACUCAUUCCUUUGAAACCUCAAAAGGCCUGAGACUGGGCUGUUGUCUGUCCCCAACUCUCUUCAAGAUUUAUUUGGACAGAUCCCUAGUGAGAUGGACAAAAAAAUGCAGGAAUAUGGGAAUGAAAGUGGGAGAUGAUAACCUGUUCACGUUAUACUUUGCUGAUGAUCAGAUCGUAGUAGCCGAAGAUGAAGACGACCUUGCGUAUAUGGUCCGAAAACUGAGGGAAGAAUAUGAAUUGGCGGGAUUGACCCUGAAGAUGUCCAAAUGCGAAUACCUCAUAGUGGGCGACGAAGAAAUCAAAAAUCUGAACUUGGACAAUGAAAUGAUUAAGGGAGUGGAAAAAUGCAAGUAUCUGGGGGCUAUUCUGAAUAAACAAGGGAACAGUAAGGACGAGAUACAGGAGAGAAUCAAUAAAGGAAGAACCGUUACACGCACACUUAAUUCUCUGCUGUGGGACAAAAAUAUAACUAAGAGUACCAAGAAACAUAUAUACAGAAGUAUGGUGCAAAGUGUAGCACUGUAUGGGGCGGAAGUGUGGGAUGUAUCGCAGAUAAAUAGGAGAAAGAUUAUGGCAACCGAAAUGGAUUUCCUUAGAAGAAGCUGUAGACGAUCAAGAUUAGAAAGAGUUAGGAAUGAAAUUAUAAGAGCAGAAAUGGAUAUGGGUCGGUCAAUAGCGGAAGAGAUUGAAAGAAAGCAAUUGGUUUGGUUUGGACAUGUAAAGAGAAUGCUAGACGACAGAUGGCCCCGAAAGGUUUUAGAAUGGGUACCACCAGAACGAAGGAAGAGGGGAAGACCACGGAGAAGUUGGAGGGACGAUGUGGAAGAGGCGAUGUCAGCCAGAGAUCUGGAGGAGGAUACAUGUCACGACAGGAAAAGAUGGAAGUUGGGACGGAGAAACGGCGACAGCUGUAAAGAAUCCGUGAUAUAUAUAUAUAUUAUUCUUGUUUUAUUUUCAGAAAAAAAAGAGAGUUUCAUGGGAUGA